ACAGCGGGGCGGAAGUUGUUGGCUCCUUAUGCCUCUGCAGCAAGUGCUUGCUAGCCUUUAGCAGGCUAACAGGCUAGCAGGCUUUUCAUCUUCUGUUUGUCUUAUUCUGCAAUACGAAGCCAUGGAAAAGUGUAGGUCACACGAAAGAUGAAGCUGGUGCUUACACGGGAAUGAUUUUCACGGUUAUUGCCUCUGAGAAGGAGGAUAGGCACACGUAAAGAAACCCGGAAGUGCUGCUAAAGCUUUCAGCAGCCACAGACACAAUGAGUGGCAAAUAUGGCGUGGUGGGCUAUAACAGUUCAAGGAAGCACAUUUCUAUCUCCAUCCCGUCGUCCACAGAGGUGAUGUCACCUCACAUUAAGUCCGUGGAGGAGCUGAGGGUUCUGGGAAUCAACCUAAGCAGCUUCAGUGCCCCCACGCAGUUCUUGAUCUGCGUGGCUGGAGUCUUCCUCUUUUACCUUAUAUAUGGAUACUUACAGGAGCUAAUAUUUUCCGUGGAAGGAUUCAAGCCUUUUGGUUGGUACCUCACUCUGGUCCAGUUUGGCUUCUACUCCAUGUUUGGACUAGUGGAGCUUCAGCUUACACAAGACAAACGUAGAAGGAUACCAGGGAAAACCUAUAUGAUCAUAGCCUUUCUAACGGUGGGCACUAUGGGCCUGUCAAAUACCUCUCUGGGCUACCUUAACUACCCCACGCAGGUCAUCUUCAAGUGCUGUAAACUCAUCCCGGUCAUGAUCGGGGGCAUCUUCAUACAAGGUAAACGCUAUAAUUUGGCUGACGUGUCGGCGGCGCUCUGCAUGAGUCUGGGACUCAUCUGGUUCACCCUGGCUGACAGCAAAGUGGCACCAAACUUCAACGUCACAGGUGUCCUCCUCAUCUCGCUGGCGCUGUGUGCCGACGCUGCUAUUGGGAACGUGCAGGAGAAAGCCAUGAAACUCCACAAUGGCUCCAACUCGGAAAUGGUGCUGUACUCGUACUCCAUCGGGUUCGUCUACAUACUGACCGGUCUGCUGUGUAUGGGCGGACUGGGGCCAGCGGUGGCGUUCUGCUCAGAGCAUCCUGUGAAGACGUACGGUUAUGCCUUCUUCUUCUCUCUCACCGGCUAUUUUGGAAUCUCCUUUGUGCUAGCCUUAAUCAAGCUCUUUGGGGCCCUCGUAGCAGUGACAGUGACCACGGGCAGGAAGGCCAUGACUAUCGUACUUUCCUUCGUGUUCUUCGCAAAACCCUUCACUUUCCAGUACAUCUGGGGCGGCCUGCUGGUGCUCUUUGGCAUCUUUUUGAAUGUUUACAGCAAAAACAAAGAUAAAAUGAAGCUCCCCUCAAUCAAGGACCUCAGGAGCUGGCUGCUGACGGGGAAGAAGGUCCGAUUCCUGUCCCAAAACGUGUAGGAGGCACCGCCGGUGUGAUGGAAGUCCUCCGGGGGGGGGCAGGCUGCCCGGGCCUUCCCCGUCCUGAGACGUGUCGGCCCCCACGUGCAGAGGCAUGUGCCCGAGCUACAAAACUGAGCCAAGGAUGUGGGUAUACAGGGUUUGAGCUCCAGUCGGCCUUACAGACCUGACGCGAUUAAACCGCGGGUCCGGGAAUCGUCGGAUCUUCUGUAUCUACCAGUACAACGAAUAUAAAAAAAGUGCUCCAUCAGCAGCGAACUGAAGGAUGUAUAUAAAUGUUUUUUUUUUUUUUUGUUUGUUUUUUUCUUGUUUUUUUUUUUAAAAGGGAUCAGCGCCUUGUGGGACCCCUUCUUAAAGCACUGCUUUAGAGCCCCACAGUAACAUUCCCAACAUGGAGUUCAACACUGAGGACGUCUUAAGACUCUCUGAAGGGAAGCCAGCUCCUUAGCUAACCAAAUUGCACACUUUUGCACUGGAAUCGACUCUGAAACACUUAAACCCUUGAGUGGUUGGAAGAAAAAUGAAACGUUGGAAGGAAAGAGUACAGAGAGACGCGUUAGUGUGUGUGUGUGUGUCAUGUCUAAACUGAUUGACGCCCACCCUUGAAAGGAAUAAAUCCAUUUCGAUAAGAAGAAAUAUUUGCCCCCGCAUGUACCAGAAAAAGACGGAACUGAGUGGUAUUUUUAAGGUAAUCAUUGUCUUUAAGUGGCUUUCACAGUUUAUUCGUAAUUCAUAUCUGACUAAUAAUCGGAGGGGAAAGUGUGGGAUGUGUGUCAUGUGAUGAAAUCUUUUCGGGGGAAAUAAAAGGGGUCAUUUGUUCCUCUGUACAUCAACAGUGUCAACUGCCGUAAUUUGCCAAGCAUCUCGUGGGUGAAAGGGUACAGCUCUUUUUACAAUAAAGGAUGUAUUUAGUCUUUACAGCGGUUUGUGUCUGAGUGAGUUUGGUUUGUCAGCCUACCCUUCUGGUCCGCUUCAGAGAAGAGUUGAAUUGUUGCCAAAAUCUGUGUGUGUGUGUUUAUCCAUUCAGUGGCUGGAGGCAUGUUUGAUUAGAGGUCCUCCCCCCCCAAAAAAAGAGAACUAU